AUGAUUUCUGCUUUUACUACGCCUUCAGGUCUGUAUGAAUGGCUACGUAUGCCGUUUGAUUUGAAAAACGCGCCGCAGAUGUACCGGCGUAUGGUGAAUAAUGCAUUGUACGGGUAUCUCACUAUCGGCGAACAGCGGAGAUCAAGUGGUCGCGAGGUGUCACAACCGGUCGACGUGUUCACGCACGGCGACACGGACCCGCACCGAAAGCCUUCAAUGUCGGGGCGGAGGUCCUAUAUUGAUGACAUUAUGAUCCCGGCGUCGUUCCGGACGUCCCUCUGUUAG